AUGGAGGGGCUGGUUCUAGGCCUCUGGGCUUUGCUGUUGUCUGCGGAGUUUGGUGGAGGUGCAGCAAAGCCAGGCGCGCCUCGCGCCCGGGUCAGGUGCGCAGCCCGCUCCACCCAGGCCCGUGGCUGCCCCACAGGUCUGAAGCUGAGCUGCUACCAGUGCUUCAAAGUCUCCAGCCCGGUGUCAUGCGAGCCCACCGUGUGCAACUCCACAGACCGGGUCUGCGUCUCCAACGAGGUGUUCGUCAACCUUGAUUCAGUGAAGGGGUUCUUCCUCAGCAAGCACUGUGCUCCCAGGUGCCCCAACACCAACAUGAUGUUUAAGUGGGUCCUGAAUCCUGGGGUGGUCAACAGCAUCACCAGGAAGUGCUGUUCCAGAAACCUCUGCAACAGGGCGCUCGCCUCCCAGGGGAGGCCCUGGGCUCUGCAGAUGGGGUUUCUGCUCCAGGUGGGCCUCAGCCUCCUCUGGGCCCUGCUGUGA